UCUGUUUUCUUAUAUCAACAGUGAUGAGGCAACAAUCCCCAACUGCAAGACCCACUGCCAAGACACCAGGGAAGGCAAGUACCCAUCCUGUCGUGGCUGUGACCACUAUGUUGUAUGCACCAAGUACGGGAUGCUGCACCAAAAGCUCUGCCCUGUAGGAAGACAAUGGGAUGACCACAAGAAAGCCUGCAGAGCUAAAUCCAGCACAUGCCCCAAUAACAGAUAA